AUGUCCUUCCCGACUCGAUCACUCUCGACUCGACUCCCGGGCGCGGGGUCGCAAAACGCUUCCGCGGGCCCGUCACCCAUGCUGGUAGCGCGCAUCGCAGAAAAGAAGGCAGAGCUGGAGCACUUGAAGGAUUUGCGCGAUCUCAGUGCUGCCGUCGCAGGCCAGAUGGAAGCACUGGAGCAGAAAUUGUCAACGCUUUCUGAUGGCACAGAAGCGAUUGCUAUGGUAAUCAGCAACUGGCAUAACGUCCUACGCGCUAUCAAUAUGGCAUCCGGUAGGUUCGAGCUGCAUGCGACGCACAUGACAGUAACUGACACGGAAUUUGCAGCCCAACUUGCCAAGCCACCUCCGCAAGAAGAAACGUUGGAAUCGGAGGAACCCAACAUGUCUCUGCCGCAGACACUGGUUCGCAUUCCGACAGAACACGCUCCAACGCUUCAGGCGCAGGCCGAAAACGCAGCAGAGAAUGCAGAGAGUAGUAUGGCUUUCAAAUCGGAAGUACCUUUGGUCGCUGACCACGUCGGCGCGUGUGCUGCAGCAUGCACGACCAGGCUUCACGAGGUGCCUUCACAACAUGCCUUGGGAAGUUCGCUCACGUUGGAACCGUUGUCGGCAGCUACCACUUUGUGGCAUGCCCAAGUGUUGGACGGAAAGCUACACCUCUUAGCGUCUUCUUCCGGCAGUUUGAUGUCGGCGCUGGAUUGGGCAGGGAAGCUCCACUCCAAGUCAACAAACACUAACAAUCAUCCCAAUCUGGGCUCUCUCACCCGUCUCACCCACGCAACGAAACGGGAGGUGCCUCACCCCCGUGACUACCCGGAGGCCCUUGGCAAGCUGGUUCUCAGAACUCGGGAGAGAGGGGAUCUAUCGAGCCUACCACGCUUCCAAUUUCCCGCCAUCUUGGUGGCUGUCAGGCUAGAAGUUCUUCUCUUCUACAUCACGCUAAUCUUACGGCCAAUACCUACAGAGAGUGCCGUCUACGAAGUAGUGUUCCAGCCAAUAACCCCGCCAUAUUACACGUACCCCAGCUGGUCUCAAGCGAAAUUGCUCGCCAAUCCCAGACAGCCCACUGUCUCCCACGUAUUCCGGCCCAUUUGUCUUUCAAUUUGUCUGGGGUCAGUGGUUCCUUGUCUGGGUUCAGGUCGGAAUCGGAGAUUGUCGAGCAUAAUGGGUCGCCUCCCUCGAUCCAACACCGUGGGCCACGGCUUCGGCAUCCUCGAAGACACCUCUGGUCCCGGCACUCAUGCUUCUUCUGACGCAAACGGCCCUCACACCUUCAACAACGUUGCUGCUCUCGAAGAUUGUGACACUAACAGUCGCCAAAGAACGCCGGAAUUCAUCGACGCUUUAACCGACAAACUCAAGGAAUUACAUAUUUACAGUCCUAAGAAGAACCGUGCCGACAGAUCACUGCUGCAACCUGUGCGACGCCGCACUCGAUCUUCUAUUGACUCCAAGAUCUUCCCAACCCUUCAACACAUCAGGGAAGAAGUCGAAAUCUGUGACGGAAACUCAAGUGUGACUAGCACUACGCAAGGACCAGUCCUUGCCAACUUGCCUCAAGAGACCAAACAAGACGAGGGUAUCCCAUCAUCAACUGAAACACGUGCUGCCGUACCGACUUCCCCUCGCCAAACGUCGGAUUCAUUUGAAGCCAACGGGUCCAACUUCUGUUCUGAAGUCCUGCGCGCAAUUGGUCUUGAACAGCAACAUCUUAACACAGAUCCUAACAUACAGAAGUCCAUCGCACGGCACAGGUCAGGUCAGUAUGACUAUGUACUUUCGAUUCCGGACCCAGACGGCCCGACUAGGCGCAACAAUGCGACCAGUAGACGAGAAGACGUCACGCUCGACUAUGGCUGCAACGUCUUAGUCCACACCGACCGCGCUGAGGAAAGUCUAUGUAGUCAGCGAAAACCGGCUAAUGCUUUCAAACUUCUAGCAACACCUCUGAUAUUUGACGAAUCAUCUCGGAGUGCGUCGCAUUCAUCGUCAGGAAACGACGACAAGAUGGCUAUUGCUGAACCGCUUGUUCGGCUUGCCUCUCCAGCGCCUGCAGGGUACGAAAGCCCCGUGACGAAAUCUGCCAUCGACGUGUCCGUCGUCGAACAAAUCCACUCCAAGGAGUCAUCUCUGGACUACGUGGACCACCCCAAGGACAGAGUAGUUUCCUUCUCGUCUACGGAUGAGAGCAUAGCCCCAACGGAGGACGUUCCCCGCACUCCAUCUAGGUCAACCUCGACCAGUUCAAGAUCUCGAAUUGAGGACUCAGUGGAAGCCAUCGAUAAACUCGAGGAGGAAUUGGAGGCCAUUAACACCCGCUUGGCGACACCAAGCAAGUCUCGACGGAUUCAAUCUGUGGUGGAUGAGUCUACUACGACAGCUCCCACAAGGGAAUCACCUAUUAGGCGGCCCGCCCCCACGUUGAACCGCACUCAAUCUGUUGGCGCCGCAGCCAAAAGAUCGUCACAGGUACGCGCAAACCAGAGAAAGUCUGUCAAUUUUGACAGCGAUAUCCCAAAGGGAUCCCCUGGAAAAGCACCUACUACAAGGCCUCCUGUGCCUCGUCCAACCAGCCUUCUACCGCCCAAACCGCCUGCCAAAUCCACGAGGGCUCCUACCAAACCCUCUUUUGAGCUGCCAGGUGAGGCCACCGCUCGCGAUAUCAAGGCGAGGCGCGACGCUCGCCUGGCUCAACAGGCCCAGGAGAAGGCCGCUGCGGCAGUCCCUCAGCGAACUAGAUCUCUCAAGGCCCCGACCAAGCCUAACUUUGAGCUGCCCGGCGAGGCAAUUUCCAGGCGCAAGAGGGAGGAGCGAGAAGCUCGUCUCAAACAGCAAGAAGAGGAUGAGCGAAGGCGUCGCGAGUUCAAGGCGAGUCCUAUCAAGGCAAGGCUGGGAACGGCUACGCAACCUCGAGAGACCGUGGCUAGUCGAGCUCGCCAGAACAAGGGAUCCGAGGCCAGCGACAUGGAAAGCCCGUCGAAGCGCUCAUCAAUCAUGGGCACUCCUCGUACCCUUGCGAGAACGAGUUCGACGAGGUCGCCACAGACUCGCGGCAGAGGUACCUCACAGUCAGGUACAGAGACCCAGCUUAGCCGUGCUACAUCUACAUCUACGGGUAGCAUGAGCGGCAAGCGAAGCGCGCUAUCUGUUGAGGAGAUUGAGCAGCAAAAGGUUAAGGGCCGUGAGGUCUUCCACCGUGACAACUCCUAUACCCAAGACAAGGAGCGAGAGCGCCGCGAACGCGAGUGGAACGCUAAGAUGGCCCGCGAGCAAGCUGCGGAACGCUCUAGACAAGCGAGCCGAGAGUGGCGCGAAAAGCAACAACGCAGCAAGCUCGCUGUCCUGGCUGCCGCGGCAGGCCAGACAAUGCGUGGAGUCUGGGGCAACGGUAUCGACUGUUCAGCUGGCAAGUACAACUCUGAAGACACUUGUUUGGGUACUUCCGUGGGAGCAUUUACCGCCUACUGCAGAGAUGAGAACAGGUUAGAGUGUAACCCGGGGUAUGGAGACAACGGCGGGACCGCACGGCCGGCUAGCGUGCCGGCGCUAGCGGAGCACGCCAACGACAUCCCGUUGGGAUUGGUAGAUUCGACGGAAGACAAAAGCAAGCCAGCAAUCGAACACAUCUCGGCAUCAAUUCUUCACAACCUAAUUUUUGACCAGCGGCCGACGGUCCGUCUGGAUCAAGGAGCUUUCGUCGGCACCACGCUCUCUGAACCAGAGUUCCCGCGCGAUGUGGAGGUAUUCCUCGGUGUGCCGUAUGCGAAGUGCCAGCGUCUUCGUCGGCCAGAGGAGCCGGGCCACUCUGGCGACUCGUUUGAUGCGGCCGAGUACGGACCCGUGUGUCCCACCGCGGACCCGACGUACCCAGCGGAUGAAGAGGGGUGUUUGAACGCUAACGUAUUUCGUCCGGCGGGGGCAGUGGUGGAAGGGAAGAAGGUCCCGGUUUUGGUGUAUACGCAUGGCGGGGCCUUCAACUUCGGAAGGGGAGGGGAAAGGAACCUCGCGGCGUUUGUUUCGUUUUCGAAGCGCGAUGUGGUUGCCGUGAGCUUCAAUUAUCGUCUUGGACCGCUGGGGUUCCUCCCGUGUGGUGUUGCUGCCGGGGAAGUCAUCGCGAAUCUGGGGUUGAUGGACCAGAGGGCGCUGCUCGAGUGGGUGCAGCGCAACAUUGGCAGGUUUGGCGGAGAUGAGGGGGAUGUCACGGUCAUGGGCUUCAGCGCCGGGGCGCAUUCGCUCGGCCACCACCUCCUCUCCCCGCCCUCGCGCCGCCUCUUCCACCGCGCCAUCCUCGAAUCCGGCGCCCCGACAGCCCGCUCCGUCCUCGCGGCCACGCACCCCCGCCACGAAGCACAAUUCACCCGCUUCCUAACCCACGCAGGCCUCUCCAGACUCUCAUCGACGCCAGACGAGAUUUUACCAGCCCUUCGCGCCCUGCCCCUUGAAAAAAUCCUCCAGGCCUCGCUGGCUACCUGGUCAGAGUGUGCCCCCUCGGUCCAAUGGCCCUUUCAACCAUCCAUCGAGGAAACCAGCAGCAGCAACAACGACAACGACAGCAGCAGCAGUAGCAUAAUCCCCCUCGCCCCAAUCAAGACCUGGACUUCACCCACACUCCUCCCUCCCCUCCCGCCCCUCCUAACAGGCUUCAACACCUCCGAAGGCACAAUGUUCGUGCCCGCAACAGCCUCCUCCCCAACAGCCCUCUCAGACUUCUUCUCCGCCCUCAUCCCCGCCCUCUCCGCCGCAGACCUCGCGACCCUCGAGACGCUGUACCCGCCGCCGUCGACGUACCCGCCUCCUCCGACGGCCUCUCACGGCGCCCAGUUCCGGCGGCUGGCGCAGGCCUACGGGCACUACGGGUACAUUGCACCGCUCCUCCACUCGGCGCACUUUGCCUCCAAGAAGAAGUCGGCCGGGGAUGCUGGCGCGGCACCGGUCUGGGUAUACGAGUACGCCGCACACGCCGACCUCGCCGCCGCGAACCACGGCGACCACGUCCCCGCGGCAACACACGACACGAACAUCCUCACCCCGCACAAGACGCCCGGUCUGCUCGCCGUCUCGGACGCAAUGCACGCCCACUGGUCCUCCUUCGCCACGACCUCUGACCCCAACGCCGUCGAUACCAGCCAUGACAGCCCGGGCCCAACCUCAAACGACGUCUCCUGGCCCCCCUUCAUCUCCCCCUUUGGCGACACCGCCGCGGACGACUACAUCCCGAGACCGGCAGACGACCCCACCGAGACGAGGGGCAAGAUCCUCGUCUUUGGCGAGGGCAACGACGAGCUCAUGGGCCGUCUGGGCCAGCGGCGCCGGGGCACCGUGGCGCGCGUGCGGACGCUGACCGAGGCCGAGGUGAGGCAGUUCCGGUUCUGGUGGGAUCGGGUUGGGCUGAGCGAGGGUAUGGGUGUUGUUGAAGAGGAGGGGUCCAAGUUGUAG